CGAACGGGUUAAAAGAACGUGUUUCGUCGGGAAGCAGUAAUUGGCCGACAGAAGCAAUUGAGGAUCGUUCCCGGAAUCGGGCGUUCGCGGGGCUGAGGGCGGCCUUACUGGACGACCCUUUCCACAGUGUGUGAUGGAUUACCGCCGUUGGAACUUUUAGCACAGACUUCCGGAAGCUGCGGGAAAAUCGUCGUUUGCCGGAUUUGUUUAUCUGUGGAAGAAGUGUAUCCGUUUCCAGGGACCAUUUUCCGGUUUCGAGGGGGUGGUUUGUCGUGUGACUAAUUUUGUGGUGGCUGAGAAAGCGGUUUGUUUCGAUGACGCCGACCAUGAUGAAGAGGAAGAAAAAGCUGUGACGGCGUGAUGACGUGCUGCAUAAAAUGUUUUCUCGGCUGCACUUGACGGAUUGGCAUGUAAUAAGUAGACAAUAUGUAGCGAGAAAAGCGUGAUGCGUUGUGUAUGGUGCAUGGUAUUAGAAUCUCAUUUAGUGACACGUUGACGGUUUUGUGGUGGUAGUUGUUGUGCUUUCGAUGCUGCGGUUCUGUGUGUGGUUUUAGUGGGAUAUUAUUCCCCCCUUCAAUGCAACGGAAUUUCUGGUGGCAUGUUAUGCGAAUUUUAACGGAAUCAGUCAGCGGUGAGAAGCAGGAAGUCAAACCAGAGAGAUGUAUCCUUCGAUAUAGGAAACGGAAAUGAAAACGUUUAUUCCUCGAAUAGUAUAUGAAUGGUCCACCAUGAAAUUGUAUGAACUAACCUACGUUUGGCAAGGAAGUUGGUUGAACUGAAACGAGACAAGCAAAUCCUACCUGCCAGACCUUUUAAUAAGUGAAAAAAAAUCGUUCACAAGUGGCUAAUAUACGAAGAAAUUUGCGAUAUGAAAGUAGUACUUCCGGCCGAUGCCGGUUUGAUAAGUGUUUAUGUGACGAAAAACGCGAAACCUAAUUCGGCAAAGAUGUUCGAUAGUGAUCAAUGGAACUUUGCCGAAAUCGUGAAACUGAAAAUGAGCUAGAUGGUGGCCCGUUUAGCAUUGCACCAAGUGGUUUCAAGAUGAUGGUGGCAGCGGCCUUGAGAAAAAUACUAGAGCUAACCGGAAGUGAACAGAUGGCAGAUGAAUUAUUAUAGUAUAAGUGGUCGUAGAAGAAGUAGCCUGAGUGGCAGGGCGGCAGGAGGAGGACAAUUAACUUUGCCACUGCUGGCUAGUGCUACUAGUUUAGGGGACUUGAAGGGAAAAGUUACUAGGACCAGUGCAUACCGGAACCGGACGUCGUGGUUCGUCUACUUGGUCCGAGGGCGAGGGCGACGAUCCGCUGCAGGUGGGGGCGUGAAGAUGUGGCAGCUGUGGAUUGGACUUAUUCUACUACAAGCAGUACAAACUGGAAUAGCUGUUAAAAGCGUGCACUCAAAAUCGAUGGCUGCCGGUCGGCUCGAAAAUGUCACACAAACCAUCUCUAGGAUACUGGAAGGAUACGACAUACGGUUACGGCCCAACUUUGGCGGUGAACCACUUCACGUAGGAAUGGAUUUAACAAUAGCUAGUUUUGAUGCAAUUUCAGAAGUGAAUAUGGAUUAUACGAUAACGAUGUACCUAAAUCAGUACUGGAAGGACGAACGGUUGGCGUUCAAUGCCUAUUCGAUAUGGCGUUCGGACGUUGCGGGGGCGUCCUCGUCUUCCGGUGGCGGUGGCCGUCAGUACGACCAAAAUGGCGACAUCAUGAUCGACGACGACGGGGCCAACGAUGUGAUAACGCUGUCCGGCGAUUUUGCCGAAAAGAUAUGGGUCCCGGACACGUUCUUCGCCAACGACAAGAACAGCUUCCUGCACGACGUGACCGAACGGAACAAGCUGGUCCGCCUCUCCGGGGAUGGAACCGUCACGUAUGGGAUGCGCUUCACGACGACGCUGGCCUGCAUGAUGGACCUGCACUACUAUCCGCUGGACUCGCAGAACUGCACCGUGGAAAUCGAGAGCUAUGGCUACACCGUGUCAGACGUGGUGAUGUACUGGCGCUCGACGCCGAUUCGGGGCGUGGAGGAAGCGGAACUGCCCCAGUUCACCAUCAUAGGUUACGAAACUAAUGAUAGGAAAGAAACCCUCGCAACCGGCGAGUACCAGCGACUGUCCCUUUCGUUCAAACUGCAACGGAACAUCGGCUACUUCGUGUUCCAGACCUACCUACCGAGCAUCCUGAUCGUGAUGCUAUCCUGGGUAUCGUUCUGGAUCAAUCACGAGGCGACCUCGGCCCGAGUAGCCCUCGGGAUCACGACGGUGCUCACGAUGACCACCAUCAGUACCGGGGUGCGUAGUUCACUGCCACGAAUCAGCUACGUCAAGGCCAUCGACAUCUAUCUGGUGAUGUGCUUCGUGUUCGUGUUCGCUGCGUUGCUGGAGUAUGCUGCGGUGAAUUAUACCUACUGGGGGGCUCGGGCCAAGAAGAAAAGUAAAAAGAACAAGGAGGCGGAGAAGAAGGUUUCCCGAAAACAAGAGAACAACGCCAGUGGUUGUUCCUCGGAGGACAUCAUCGAACUGCAGGACGUUCGGAUGAGUCCGAUCGCCUCGUUGAGGAAUCGUCACUAUGCCAACACGACCUCAGCCCCGGAUGCCGUGGAUUUGGCCAAAUUUCCACCCAGUUUUCGGAUCAGUCGACCCUACGGAUCCAGUACCAGGUCGAGUGGGUUACGCUAUCGGGGUAAUCGAGCUCACAACCGACCUAAGAUGCUCCACGCGAUCAAACGGGGGGCAUCGGUCAUCAAGGCGUCGAUACCGAAGAUCAAGGACGUCAACGUGAUCGACAAAUACUCCCGGGUAAUAUUCCCGGUCAGUUUUGCUGCGUUCAACGCCGGCUACUGGAUAUUCUACGUUCUGGAGUGACCAUCUGUGAACUAACCGGAUACGUAAGACCAUGGCCUGCAGCAUCAGAAGCAGCAACAGAAGCAGCACGACGACAACGUGGAAGUGAAGGAGCUUUGAGACGAAAGCAGAAGGAGAAACCAUACAAAAAACACCAUCCCAAAAACAUCCCGUAGAAGACGCGUCCCGCGACUAGCGCUUCACACGACUAGCUAGUGGCGGCACAUCUGGCGGGGGUCCCCGAUCCGUUAAAAUUUGGGGAUCGCUGUCCCAGAUUCCAGAGUCCAGAAACCCUUCGUUGUUCGGUCGCCGAGUUGUAGUCAGUUCCUUGCAUCCAUGAUUUUCGAUAUCCGGUUAGUUCAGGGUCCCCUUUGUACUAGGAAUAUAGGCAAAUUGAAACAAACAAACAAAAAAAAGCCCAAAAUCACUCCAUCAAUACCCAUUUUGAAAUCGAACGGCAUUUUCCCCCCUCAUUGAGAAGCAUUCGGUAGGAAUGAAUUGAGACCAUACUCACUAGGGAGGCAUAAAUCAGGGUGUGAAUUUCAGUUGUCGAAACUUGGACAGAAUCGGUUCUGAUAUGAAAAUUCUACUGAUUGAAAAAAACGUGGAAUCUGAUUCCUGGAAAUAAAUUUUGAAUCUGAGUUCAGAGGUUUGAAUUUUCAACAAGUAAUUCGUAGUUCAGAAUUUUGAUUUAAGAAUUUCGAACUCAGAAUUCCGAGUUCAAAUUUAUGAGUUCCGGUUUUCAAACUCAGAAUUCCCAGUUCAGCAUUCCGAAUUUGGAAUUCCGAGUUCGAAAUUCUGAAUUCAAAAUAAUGAGUUCCGAUUUCCGAGUCAAGAAUUUCAAAGUCAGAAUUCUCAAAUUUUUGAAAUUUUGCUUUCCAACGAAUUUAGAAUUACGAGUUCAGGAUUCCGAGUUCACAAUUUCGAGUUCAGGAUUCCAAAAUCAGAAUUCUGGGUUCGGAAUUCCUAGUUCUGAAUUCCUAGUUCAGAAUUCCGAGCUCAGAAUUCUGAGUGCAGAAUUCCAAGUUCAGAAUUUCUAACUCCGAAUUCCUAGUUCAGAAUUCCGAGCUUAGAAUUCCAAACUCAAAAUUCUAUGUUUAAAAUCCUGAGUCCCGAAUUGCGAGUUCUGAAUUUGCUGAAAUUGCUCUCCAAAAAUUUUUGAAUUCAGAAUUUCGAGAUCAAGAUUCCGAGUUCAAAAUUCUAAGUUCAAAAUUCUGAAUUCCAAAUUCCGAGUUCAGGAAAGCAAAAUUCCGAAGCAGAUUCCGAUGUUUAGAUUGCGGAAUUCAGGAUUCUGAGUUCCAAAUUCUGAGUUCCGAAUUCCGAGUUCUGAAUUUGCUGAAAUUGCUCUCCAAUAAAUUCUGAACUCAGAAUUUCGAGUUCAGGAUUCCGAUUUCUGAAUUCUGAGUUCAGAAUUCCGAGUUCAGAAUUCCGAGUUCAGAAUUCCGAGUUCAGAAUUCCGAGUUCAGAAUUCCGAGUUCAGAAUUCCGAGUUCAGAAUUCCGAGUUCAGAAUUCCGAGUUCAGAAUUCCGAGUUCAGAAUUCCGAGUUCAGAAUUCCGAGUUUAGAAAUUUGAGUGCGAAAUCCCAAGUUCAGAAUUCUGAGUUCAGGAUUCCAAAAUCAGAAUUCCGAGUUCAGAAUUCCGAGUUCAGCAUUCCGAGUACAGAAUUCCGAGUUCAGAAUUCCCAGUUCAGAAUUCCGAGUUUAGAAUUUUGAGUGCGAAAUUCCGAGUUCAGAAUUCUGAGUUCAGGAUUCCAAAAUCAGAAUUCCGAGUUCAGAAUUCCGAGUUCAGAAUUUUGAGUGCAAAAUCCCGAGUUAAGAAUUCUGAGUUCAGGAUUCUAAAAUCAGAAUUCCGAGAUCAGAAUUCCGAGUUCAGGAUUCCGAGUUCAGAAUUCCGAGUUCAGAAUUCCGAGUUCAGAAUUCCGAGUUCAGAAUUCCGAGUUCAGAAUUCCGAGUUCAGAAUUCCGAGUUCAAAAUUCCGAGUUCAGAAUUCCGAGUUCAGAAUUCCGAGUUCAGAAUUCCGAGUUCAGAAUUCCGAGUUCAGAAUUCCGAGUUCAGAAUUCCGAGUUUAGAAAUUUGAGUGCGAAAUCCCGAGUUCAGAAUUCUGAGCUCAGGAUUCCAAAAUCAGAAUUCCGAGUUCAGAAUUCCGAGUUCAGAAUUCCGAGUACAGAAUUCCGAGUUCAUAAUUCCCAGUUCAGAAUUCCGAGUUUAGAAUUUUGAGUGCGAAAUUCCGAGUUCAGAAUUCUGAGUUCAGGAUUCCAAAAUCAGAAUUCCGAGUUCAGAAUUCCGAGUUCAGAAUUUUGAGUGCAAAAUCCCGAGUUAAGAAUUCUGAGUUCAGGAUUCCAAAAUCAGAAUUCCGAGUUCAGAAUUCCGAGUUCAGGAUUCCGAGUUCAGAAUUCCGAGUUCAGAAUUCCGAGUUCAGAAUUCCGAGUUCAGAAUUCCCAGUUCAGAAUUCCGAGUUCAGAAUUCCGAGUUCAGAAUUCCGAGUUUAGAAUUUUGAGUGCAAAAUCCCGAGUUCAGAAUUCUGAGUUCAGGAUUCCAAAAUAAGAAUUCCGAGUUCAGAAUUCCGAGUUCAGAAUUCCGAGUACAGAAUUCCGAGUUCAGAAUUCCCAGUUCAGAAUUCCGAGUUCAGAAUUCCGAGUUCAGAAUUCCGAGUUUGGAAUUUUGAGUGCAAAAUCCCGAGUUCAGAAUUCUGAGUUAAGGAUUCCAAAAUCAGAAUUCCGAGUUCAGAAUUCCGAGUUCAGAAUUUUGAGUGCAAAAUCCCGAGUUAGGAAUUCUGAGUUCAGGAUUCCAAAAUCAGAAUUCCGAGCUCAGAAUUCCGAUUUCAGGAUUCCGAGUUCAGGAUUCCGAGUUCAGAAUUCCGAGUUCAGAAUUCCGAGUUCAGAAUUCCGAGUUCAGAAUUCCGAGUUCAGAAUUCCGAGUUCAGAAUUCCGAGUUCAGAAUUCAAAGUUCAGAAUUCCGAGUUCAGAAUUCCGAGUUUAGAAUUUUGAGUGCAAAAUCCCGAGUUAAGAAUUCUGAGUUCAGGAUUCCAAAAUCAGAAUUCCGAGUUCAGAAUUCCGAGUUCAGGAUUCCGAGUUCAGAAUUCCGAGUUCAAAAUUCCGAGUUCAGAAUUCCGAGUUCAGAAUUCCCAGUUCAGAAUUCCGAGUUCAGAAUUCCGAGUUCAGAAUUCCGAGUUUAGAAUUUUGAGUGCAAAAUCCCGAGUUCAGAAUUCUUAGUUCAGGAUUCCAAAAUCAGAAUUCCGAGUUCAGAAUUCCGAGUUCAGAAUUUUGAGUGCAAAAUCCCGAGUUAAGAAUUCUGAGUUCAGGAUUCCAAAAUCAGAAUUCCGAGUUCAGAAUUCCGAGUUCAGAAUUCCGAGUUCAGAAUUUUGAGUGCAAAAUCCCGAGUUCAGAAUUCAAAGUUCAGAAUUCCGAAUUCAGAAUUCCGAGUUCAGAAUUCCGAGUUCAGAAUUCCCAGUUCAGAAUUCCGAGUUCAGAAUUCCGAGUUCAGAAUUUUGAGUGCAAAAUCCCGAGUUCAGAAUUGUAACGUUUUGUGUGGCUAAACGAAAGAAUUUUAAGUAAGAUUUAAGAAAACUAGGUCCAAUUCAAGCAUUGGCUUAAGCGCCAAACUUACUGAGAAGUUUGCCAACACUCGCGUUUUGCCCGGCGGCUAGCGGGAAGUCGUGGGUCCGUAGCAUGUCUAGAGGACACAAGUUAAACUCAAAUUCAGAUAUUUUGGAAGAAGUAUUCUACAAUUUGUAUUCAUCGAAGUUCUUCACAAAAACACUGUCGUUACUUUGGCCAAUUUAAAAAAAAAAAAAAUCGCGAGCGCUCACGCACAGCUUGAAGAUCAGCGGAUGCGGCUUCCGUAGACUAGGGCGGGCAAGAUAGUACUUAGAAAUCCAGAAGAAUCCAAAAAAAAGGCCGCUGGUGUCCUAAUUGGAGACCACGGAACACUUAGUCACGUAUCAAACACAAAACUGAAAGCGACUUACUCGGCCUCUUCCGAUUUUUUUUCCGCCAGAUUGCGAGAGCGAUCGUUCUUUCUUUUUACACUCUUUCGGUUAUUUGUUUUAGGCAAUGAAAAUUGCCGAUCCCGCAAUGAACGGUCUGUGAAAGACGGGUCUAAAACCCCUGAUCGCUCUCGCGAAACUUGAUCCCGUGGCACGCUGAUCAUCUUGGCUCGGAGUGAUGCUAGAAGACCGAAGAUCGCAACUUUGAUGGAUUGUACAGCACGGCAAACAACGAUCACUAACUGAGCACUUCACGGGAUAAAGCCCAAAGACGUAGUAAACUCGAUCGCAGCAUGCGCCCGCUCUUUUAUAGAUUCUGAACUCGUGCAGUCCACACCAUAUUUCUGCUGGCUUGCUGAGUGUGGAUCGACCGGUUUUUUCCGUCUUGCCUCUUGAUCGGUUGUUUCGCUAAUCAGUGGUUCUCAAUCUGAGCUGAACUUAUAAAAAUUGCUACAGAAUUCUGAGUUCAGGAUUCCAAAAUCAGAUUUCUGAGUUCAGAAUUCCGAGUUCAGAAUUUUGAGUGCAAAAUCCCGAGUUAAGAAUUCUGAGUUCAGGAUUCCAAAAUCAGAAUUCCGAGUUCAGAAUUCCGAGUUCAGAAUUCCGAGUUCAGAAUUCCGAGUUCAGAAUUCCGAGUUCAGAAUUCCGAGUUCAGAAUUCCGAGUUCAGAAUUCCGAGUUCAGAAUUCAAAGUUCAGAAUUCCGAGUUCAGAAUUCCGAGUUCAGCAUUCCGAGUUCAGAAUUCCCAGUUCAGAAUUCCGAGUUCAGAAUUCCGAGUUUAGAAAUUUCAGUGCGAAAUCCCGAGUUCAGAAUUCUGAGUUCAGGAUUCCAAAAUCAGAAUUCCGAGUUCAGAAUUCCGAGUUCAGAAUUCCGAGUUCAGAAUUCCGAGUUCAGAAUUCCGAAUUUAGAAUUCCGAGUUCAGAAUUCCGAGAUCAGAAUUCCGAAUUCAGAAUAUCGAGUUCAGAAUUCCGAGUUCAGAAUUCCGAGUUCAGAAUUCCGAGUUCAGAAUUCCGAGUUCAGAAUUCCCAGUUCAGAAUUCCGAGUUCAGAAUUCCGAGUUCAGAAUUCCGAGUUCAGAAUUCCGAGUUCAGAAUUCCGAGUUCAGAAUUUUGAGUGCAAAAUCCCGAGUUCAGAAUUCUGAGUUCAGGAUUCCAAAAUCAGAAUUCCGAGUUCAGAAUUCCGAGUUCAGAAUUUUGAGUGCAAAAUUCCGAGUUCAGAAUUCUGAGUUCAGGAUUCCAAAAUCAGAAUUCCGAGUUCAGAAUUCUGAGUUCAGAGUUCCGAGUUCAGAAUUUUGACUACUCCGAGUUCUGAAUGCUUAGUUCUUAAAAUCUGAAUUUGAAGUUCAGAUUUUUAAUUUUGAGUUCUGAGCUCAAAAAUCUGAGUUAUGAGCAACGAGUUCUGAAUUUUAAAUAUUGAAUUCUAAAUUCAGGUUUCUAAAUUGUAAGCUCUGAAUUUAGACUUAAGAACUCUGAAUUCUGAAUUCUAAGUUCUGUUCUUCGGUUUCUAAUUUAAAUGCUAAAAUCAGAGUUUUGAGCUCAGAAGUCUGACUUAUGAGCAAUGAGUUCUGAUUGCGUUUUAAUUUCUAAGUAAUGUGUUCAAAAUUUUGAAAGUGAAUUCUGUGUUUUGAGUCUUGAAUUUCGAGUUCUGGUCUGGUCUGGUAUUUCUAAAUUUUGAGUUCCAAUUUUUAAAAUAUGAAUUCUGAAUUUAGAACUUUCAAUUUUGCCAUCCAAGCUUUGGAUUUUUAAUUCGGAGUUCUGAGUCCUGAAUCUUGAGAUCUGAAUUUUGAAUUCUGAGUGCCGAAUUUUGAGUUCCAAUUCCCUAGUUUUAAGCUCGGAAUUAUGAGUUCUUAAUUCUGAUUUUCAAAUUAUGAGUUUUGAGCUAUGAGUUCUGAAUUCUAAGUUCUGAAUUUUGAGAUCAGAACCAUAGAUAAGAAUUCUGAUUUCUGAAGUCCGAGGUCUGAAUUAAAUCGAAGAAGCAGUUCUGGAUUUGAGUUCUGGAUUUUGAUUUCUGGAUUCUAAUAUUGAGUUCUUAAUUUCAAAAUUUCACUUUUUUUUAUGUUUGGGGAUCGACUGAAUAUUGUAUUUAUUUCCUGGGGAAAUUCCGACUUGCAGUAUAUUUUAGAGCAAAAACGAUUCGACACUUUUUAGGUAAACAUCUCACAACAAAUAUUUUGUAAUCUGCCAAAAAUAACUUUAAAAUACAAUUUUCAGUCCCUGAAGAAGAUCCAAAACGGAUUAAAAUGUUGGAUAUUUAAAACAAAUACCGUUUUUGCUCUUAAAUAGACUACAAGCCAAAAUUUCCUCUGGAUUAAUUUCAAUGCUGAGUUCUAAGCAACAAUUUUGGAAUUUUGAUUCUUAGUUUUGAGUUUUGAAAUCGGUACUUCCGAGUUCUGAGCUCUGAACUUUGAGUCCUGAAUUCCGAAUUCUUAGUUCUAAAUUCUAAGUUCUGUAUUUUGCGUUUCGAAUUCUGAGUUGUGAGUUCUAAAAUUUGAUUUCGGAAUUCCGAGCUAUCAGUUCUGAAUUCUGGAUUUCGAGUUUUAAAUUUUGAGCUCUGAGUUCUGAGUCCUUAUAUUUUAAUAAAAUGUUUAAUAAGAACUCAGAACUCAGAGCUCAAUUAAAGUCAGAAUUCCUGAAAGUUGCGAUUUCUAAGUUCCGAAUCUCUGCGUUCAGAGUUUUGAAUUCUGAGCUCUAAUAUCUUAGUGCUGAGUUGGAAAUUCAAAAUUCUGAUUCUAAAUGUGAAUGUGAAUCCGAAAUAUGAUUUAAAAUAAAUAAAAUUAAAUCAACUUUUUCAACCCACGAAUAAUACUGUCCAAGUUUCGAUCAACCCAUGCACUCGCUAGGAUAAAAAAAGAAGAGAAUUAAAAGUAUAUCACUUGUCAGCUCACGCAAAGCUCAAAAUCGUUAGCAAUAGGUUGUUGUUUGUAUUUGUAGCUCAAUAUCAACUGUUACUCUUCAUCGAACCAAAAUAUAAAGCGGAAAACAUAAAAAAAAAAUUAGACAAAAUUUUACACUUGUUUAUGUGCAUCCUAUCUGUUUAGUUUUUGCAAAAUUUAUUUUAAGUUAUCGGUGAAAUCUGUUUAACUUUAGACAGCUGGUACAAGAUUCUAUGAAAUGUUGAAAGAUAUCAAUAAGAUAUAUUUAAAAUCAAACGUUAGAAUGGAAGAAGGUUUGAAACAUGAGAGAUUUAUGGAAAAAAAAUAUAUUAGAAUGGCUUAACAAUUUUUUAAGGAAAAGGAAGUUCAACGAUCGUCUAAUUGAUUUUGUUGAAAAAUAUUUUAAUUCGAAAUUAAUUAUAAAAUAAAUGUUCAAAAUGACAGAAUUCAGUUUAAUUUGAGGUGUCCGUUUGCAUGCAAGUGUAAAUCAUCAAAUUCAAGUUAGGCAAAGUUUAAACAUAAGUCAUUAUCUGUGAGGAAGCGUGGAUCACGAAAUUAGUUUUGGAAAAUUAAAGGCGUUUUCGAUUUUUUUAACGAAGGAAAUUGUUGAUUUUUCCAACAAAAAAUUAAAACAUUCAUCUGAUUAGCUAUCAUCAAAAAAUAUAUCCUCAUUCCAUAACUAAAUGCGCUUGAAAAGUGCACCUCUUGAACUCCCAUUAUAUUAAUGAGACCACUAUUAAGUUUUCAAUUCAAACUAAAAUUUAAUUUUGAUUUCCGAUUCUGUGAACAAACUACACACAGUUGAUGCGGAAUUGGUCUCUCGAUUUUGAUAGCAGGUAAAAGUAAGGGAAGAAAAAACCACAAAAUGCACAACAAAGAGCAAACUUAGGAGAAUUAUUAUCAAAUCAAAAAAAAAAAUACUACUAACAUUCAACGUGUUCACAGCAGGAAGAAAUAAUAGUUUAAAAAUAACGAUGCGAUUGGAAGUUGAAUCAAUAGCAGAACAAACCACAUCACCGAAACUCUAGAGGAUUUCAACCAAUAAAUAUAAAAAAAAAAAACAAAUAAAAACAUUUCCACAGCAAAGCACCAGUUACGAUGAAGAAAAAAAAACAUUUAUACUCAUCUAGUGAUACCAAAACAAAACAAACAAAAAAACUAGCUAAAAAUAAAUCACUAGUGAUAAAUUCUCACCUAGGAUUACUGAAAUUUGCGCCAUGAGGAGUAGUGGAAAGUUUAUCUUAAUCUCAAUAACAAAUACAAAAAAAGUUGGCAAAGCGAGUUAGUUGGAAUAUUAUAAAAACUAAUGACAGAAAGUACUCGAAUGUAACGGAGAGACGAGAGAAUUAGAGAGAGACAAAAAAAAUUGCCAACCAAACCAAACGGAUGAAAAUAUGUCAACUAAACUUUAAAAGUAGCGAAAAACAAACAAACAAACAGAAAAGAUAAAUGAAAUUAUCAUUAUAAUUUUAAUCGUACUGUGAAUAACAAACAAUAAACGAAAUGAUUGAAUUUUAA